AUGGGCUUCGAGCUGGAUCGCUUCGACGGCGACGUGGACCCGGACUUCAAGUGCAAUCUAUGCAACAAGGUCCUGGAAGACCCCCUGACCACCCCGUGCGGUCAUGUGUUCUGCGCCGGCUGCGUCCUGCCCUGGGUGGUGCAGCAGGGCAGUUGCCCGGUGCAGUGCCAGCGAAUCUCCACCAAGGAACUCAACCACGUCCUGCCGCUCAAGAGCCUCAUCCUCAAGCUGGACAUCAAGUGUGACCACCACGGGCGCGGCUGCGAGCGGGUGGUGAAGCUGCAGCAGUUGGGCGAGCACGUCGAGAUGUGUGACUACUCGCCGGCGCGCUGCCGCCACCCGGGCUGCGGCGAGGUACUCAACCUCAAGGACGUGGACAGCCACAUGCGCGAGCGCUGCGACGCGCGGCCCGCCGGCCUGUGCGAGCAGGGCUGUGGCUUGGUGCUGACCCACGGCGAGCUGCGGCCCGGCGCGCACUGCUGCUUCCAGGCGCUCAAGGCGCACAGCAGCGCGCUGCAGGCCAAGGUGGCCGGCCUCGAGAAAGAGCUCAAGAAGGAGGCGCUGCGGGCUGGUAAGCGCGAGAAGUCGCUCGUGGCGCAGCUGGCCGCCGUGCAGCUGGAGCUGCAGAUGACAGCGCUGCGCUACCAGAAGAAGUUCACCGAGUAUAGCGCCCGGCUCGACUCGCUCAGCCGCAGCGUCGCCAGUCCGGGCAGCAAGGGUGAAGAAAUGAAAACAAUGACUCUUGUCCUUCAUCGUGACUCUGGCUCUCUGGGAUUUAAUAUUAUUGGUGGCCGACCUUGUGUGGAUAAUCAAGAAGGAUCAUCCAGUGAAGGAAUUUUUGUAUCAAAAAUAGUUGACAGCGGGCCAGCUGCCAAAGAAGGAGGGCUGCAAAUUCAUGACCGGAUUAUUGAGGUGAAUGGGAAAGACUUAUCGAAGGCAACCCAUGAUCAGGCUGUGGAAGCAUUCAAGACAGCCAAAGAACCCAUCGUCGUGCAGGUCUUAAGGCGGACCCCUCGAACAAAGAUGUUCACUCCUUCAUUAGACUCCCAACUGGUAGACAUGGGCACCCAAACUGACAUCACCUUCGAACACAUCAUGGCACUGACUAAGAUGGCAUCUCCCACUCCUCCAGUAUUGGAUCCAUAUCUCUUGCCUGAAGAGCAUUCAUCCGCUCAUGAGUACUAUGAUCCGAAUGACUACAUGGGAAGCAUCCAUCAGGAGAUGGACAGAGAUGAGCUAGAGCUGGAGGAGGUGGAUUUGUACCGGCUGAAUAGCCAAGACAAACUUGGUCUCACUGUGUGUUACCGGACGGAUGAUGAAGAUGACAUUGGGAUUUAUAUUAGUGAGAUUGAUCCCAACAGCAUUGCUGCAAAGGACGGACGCAUACGAGAGGGAGACCGUAUCAUCCAAAUUAAUGGUAUAGAGGUGCAAAACCGAGAGGAAGCCGUGGCACUUCUCACCAGUGAAGAGAGCAAGAAUGUCUCCCUGCUCAUAGCAAGACCUGAACUCCAGCUGGAUGAAGGAUGGCUGGAUGAUGACAGAAAUGAUUUUCUGGAUGACUUACACAUGGACAUGCUGGAAGAACAACAUCACCAAGCCAUGCAGUUCACUGCCAGCGUGCUUCAGCAGAAGAAACACGAGGAAGACGAGGGCACCACCGACACAGCCACGAUCUUGUCCAACCAGCACGAGAAGGACAGCGGUGUGGGGCGCACCGACGAGAGCACCCGCAACGAUGAGAGCUCCGAGCAGGAGAACAACGCGGACGAUCACACCACAGCUUCCAACACUCUGGGGAGCCAGAGGAAGCUCAUGUACAGCCAGGACACCCUUGGGAGCGGAGACGUGCCCUUCAGCAACGAGUCCUUUAUUUCAGCAGAUUGCACGGACGCUGACUUCCUCGGGAUCCCCGUGGAUGAGUGCGAGCGAUUCCAAGAACUCCUGGAACUGAAGUGCCAAGUGAAGAGCGCCAAUCCCUACAGUCUCUACUACCAGAACAGCACCCUCGAAGUGAACAAGAGCGACCCCGAGAGUGUGGACCGAGAGCUGGAGAUGCUGAACGAAGAGCUCCGCAACAUCGAGCUGGAGUGUCUGAACAUCGUCCGGGCUCACAAAAUGCAGCAGCUGAAGGAGCAGUACCGGGAAUCCUGGAUGCUGCACAACAGCGGAUUUCGGAAUUACAACACCAGCAUCGACGUCCGGAGGCACGAGCUCUCCGACAUCACGGAACUCCCCGAGAAAUCCGACAAGGACAGCUCCAGCGCCUACAACACUGGCGAAAGCUGUCGCAGCACCCCGCUCACCCUAGAAAUCUCCCCCGAUAACUCCCUGCGCAGAAUUGCGGAAAACAUGGGCAGCGACGGGGCCGCGGCUUGCCGAGCCUCCCAGAGGAAUCUGCUCUCCAUCACGGAGAGUCCAGAGACUGGCGCCCCCAAGUAUUGCCCCUCUCCCAAAGAGCUCGAGCUCAGCAAACAGCUGGAGAGCAAAGAGAGGAAGGGCAGCGAGGAAGGCAGGAGCCCCACGCAGAGUCCGAAGCUGGGCGGGUCCUAUCUGUCCCCCUAUCAUCACUCGCCCUACAAGCAUGCGCACAUCCCUGCCCACGCCCAGCACUACCAGAGUUACAUGCAGCUGAUCCAGCAGAAGUCCGCUGUGGAGUACGCCCAGAGCCAGAUGAGCCUGGUCAGCAUGUGCAAGGACUUGAAUUCCUCCAGCCAGUCGGAGCCCCGCAUGGAGUGGAAGGUCAAGAUAAGAAGCGACGGGACACGCUACAUCACCAAGAGGCCGGUGCGAGACCGGCUCCUGCGUGAGAGAGCCCUGAAGAUCCGAGAAGAGCGCAGCGGCAUGACGACGGACGACGACGCCAUCAGCGAGAUGAAGAUGGGACGGUACUGGAGCAAAGAAGAGCGGAAGCAGCACGUGGUGAAGGCGAAGGAGCAGAGGAGAAGGCGCGAGUUCAUGAUGCAGAGCAGGCUGGAUUGCCUGAAGGAGCAGCAAGGGGCCGAGGAGAAGAAGGAGAUGAACAUCAUUGAACUGAGCCACAAAAAGAUGAUGAAGAAAAGAAACAAAAAAAUCUUUGAUAAUUGGAUGACCAUCCAAGAACUCUUAACCCACGGCACAAAGUCCCCAGAUGGUACUAGAGUAUACAAUUCCUUCUUAUCAGUGACUACUGUAUAACUUCCAUUUCUGUUAUUGUGUAUAUAUCAAAAACAAACAAACAAACAAACUCUACCGUUGGGGUCAAAAUUCCUGCCUCGUUCAAUGUGGCAAGUUUUUGUAUAUAAGAUAAAUAGAGUCAUUGUGUUUAUAGGUGAAAAACUGAACUCUACAACACUGGGUGUCAUAGCUCUAUUUUAACUGGAGAAAACCACCCUGACUGACUAUCUUUGAAGGCAAUAUUAACAAACAGCUUUUUUUCAAAUAACUGAUUGUACUUUUUUACUUGCUACCUUUUACAUAAAGUGUUUUAAAUUUCAGAAAUCUUCUUAUUAACCAUACUUACACAAAAGAAUUUGUUUAAACUAUAUUCAUAUUAAAAAGUUAGACAUGCUUUUUUUUUUUCCUGCCUGAAACACAAAAUGCAACUGGCAGUAUGUAUUUUUACGAAACCCUCUUUUGUAACAUUACCUUGCCCUGGGUCUGCCAUACUUGGGGCCAGUUUAUCAGUACUUUAGCUCAAGUUCUUGGCAGCUCAGCACCACUGACUUCCCUUUGUGUGAGCUCUUCUAGGAUACUUCCCACACAUAACCAGACCAGCAGUGUUUAGCGUUGUGAUCCAUAGUUAAACAUUUUUUCUUUGUAAUAUUCCGAAGGAAGCACCAAGGUUGAACAAGAAGGGCCUGGAGCAGAAUAUCCUGUGGCUUUAAAGGAGGUUCAAGCAUGUUUGCAAAUGUUGCAGCCUGUUGAAAGAAUUUGCAUGUACAGGAAAGUUGUUGAUACGAGACCGUCUGUGUGAUUUUUUAAGUGCCCCCUCUAGUAUCUGUUUGCUUUGUAGAGUUGAAUGUAUUGAAUUUAAUAAGCAGUUUCAUGGAAUCACGAUGAGUUACAAACAUCAAGUUGAGGUCAAAAUAAAUUAUUAUUUUCUAUUUGA